CAUGCACUCAUACUCAUACAGGCUACAAAUUACAGGAAAUUUGCUCGAGCUGAAAAGAAAAACAGCAAGAUGAAAUGCCCUUGUCUCACUUGCAUGUAUGCAUAGGACACCAAAGAACACCAGACAGGACAACAGAUUAUUUCCAUUAUGGAACAAAGUGGGAGCACAGAAAGAAUGACCACUAUGGAGAUGAACAUAACUAGCCAAUAUUAUUAUUACGAUGAGGCCUCACCUUGCUAUAAUGUUCCUGAUUUGAACCCGACGAUCAUGGCUGUCGUCUUCUACCUGGUUUUUGCCCUUGGACUUCUUGGUAACACCACCUUAUUGUGGAUGUUGCUGAAGAUCAUGCGCAUAAAGACCAUGACAGAUGUGUGCCUGCUGAACCUGGCAAUUUCUGACCUGAUCACCGUGCUCUCGCUGCCCUCAUGGGCACUUUACAUCAAGGGGCAUUUAUCUGAUGCUAAUGCCAUGUGCAAACUCAUGGUUGGUACCUAUCAACUGGGCUUCUACAGUGGCAUACUUUUUGUGAUGCUGAUGAGCAUUGACCGCUAUUUGGCCAUUGUCCAUGCAGUAGCAUCUUUGGGAGCACGGACUCUGAGUUACGCCAUUACUGCUAGCCUUGUAAUCUGGACCAUCUCCUUCUGUGCUGCACUUCCAGGGGCCAUUUUCCACAACAUGAUCACAGAUAUGGAUAACAACACACAGUGUGAUUGGGAUACCAAUAAAGGGUCAGUCAAGACAUGGAAGCUGUUCCUUAAUUUUAGCCAAAAUACAGCAGGGCUCUUUGUCUCACUGCCUGUCACAAUCUACUGCUAUGUCAGGAUCCUGCUGGUGCUGAGGAGGACAAAGAACUCCAAGCGAGGACGAGCCAUGAAGUUAAUUUUUGCCAUCGUCAUCGUCUUCGUGGUCUUCUGGGUGCCAUACAAUGUAGCCGUGUUCUUGCAGACCCUGCAGAACUUUGAAAUCGGCGAUUCGUGUGAUAGCAGUAAACAUAUAACUACCGCCCUGUCUGUGACUGAAACCGUUGCAUUAGCUCACUGCUGCGUGAAUCCUGUGAUCUAUGCUUUUGUUGGGGAAAAGUUCAGGAAAUGUUUGGCCAAAGAGUUUUCAAAAUGGCUCCUUUGUGCAAAGUUUUACAAACCAACAUCAAUGUAUUCAAAAACCUCAGAAAAUGAAACAUCCAACACACCUUUAUAAGAGAACUGUAUAUAUUUAUGUAUUUGUAUAAAUGCCACAGGAUAUAGAAUCAGAGGUGAUUUGAGCUAAACUGUACAUACUUCUUUUAUCUAAAUCUGUUACUAUAUUAACGUAGCAUUGCCGCCUGACAACUCCAGGGUGCCUGGUUCAAUCCUGAGCUCGGGCUGCUGUCUGUGUCUGUUUCCCAUGUUCUUCCCAUGUCAUCCUGGGUUCUUUGGUUUCCACCAACCUUCCAAAAACAUGCCAGUACGUUCUGUGAGAUGGACUGGUGUCCCAUUAAGGGUAUAUUCCCACCUCACACCCAAUCUUCCCAGAAUACACUCCAGAUCCACUGCAACCCUAACCAGAAUAAAGCAGUUCCUGAAGAUGAUUGAAUGUUCCUAUAUUAGCACAUACUAUAUUUUACUAUAUUAGUAUUAUAUUAUAUUUAUUAUGUUAAUAAUGCCAAAGUCAUAGGAAUACUAACAAUUUAAGGCAGCUUUGUUUGGUCUUAAGAACUAUAACCACAAAUCAACCCCCUUAGUUUUAUUACAAUCUGAGUCAUGAAAAUUCUUGUGAAUCUUGUGAGAUUAUGAAUAAAUACCCCAUACCAAAUAGCACAUUAGAGAUCUUCUGUCAGAAACAGAACCAUUAACUAAAUUUAAGUUAUAUUAUGCCACAACCCUACUAUAAACAAUGUAAUGUAAUAAUGUGGGAGUUUAAGGUUCAGUGACUCAUUCAUUAUCUGGAUGAAUGAUGGUUUAUAUAUGAAUUAUGUAUAUUAUCCAUAUUAGCUGUCCUGUGCAUUAUUAAAAGCCCUAUUAAAAUCAUUUAAUUCCCCAGUACAGUACAGAAUUGCAUCAUUGCACAGACUGAGUCAUGUUUUUUCCUGAGAUGUGCACAGUUUAACCCCUCCUUACAUCAAGCCACAAAGCACAAAUGUUUUGAAAGAUUCGCUGUAGAGCAUGAAACUGUAAGAGCAUGAAACUGUAAGAGCCGGAUUUCCUGCACAUGACUUUUUGUUCUUACAUGAAAAACCUGUUAGUAUGCGUGUAACAAAUGAAGAGGAAGACUGAAGGAAGAAGCUUGAAUCUGUAAAAGUAAUGAGAAGGAGCAUGUUGUAGUACGCAUGACUGUAUGUAUGGUCUAUUGUUGCAACGUCAAAGUAAUAAAGUGUUGUUGGUUUGAAAAUAGUACACCACU